AUGGUGUCGGCCCAUACUUGCGCAAUUGCUGAAGAAGUGGCGUCCCUUAAGGCCUUAGCGUCGCUGGUUUGGAGUGGAGCACUAUCGUCUAAGGACUCCAUGAAAGACAGACCAAAACCGAAGAACUCGCCUUCUCUUUCUACCUUAGAGUCCGAAACUGAGGUAAUAGCCAAGGAUGCAGCAGAAGCCUUACCUGCGCUACGGGAAACAGUCCCUGAGUUCUUGGCGAACAUGAAAAAUAUUCGCGAGGACUCGAGGUAUUUGCACAAGAUAACAUCUCCGGAAGCGAUAUCAGAGCAGAAAAUGGAAGUCGGGUUUGAUAUUGACGAGUCCUUUGUCAAUGAGGGAGAACAUCUGGAGAAUAAAAAUCUAGGCCGCUCCAUCAUUCCAGCAACUUCGUCUGAAAACAAUUUCGACUCCGAUAAAUCCUCUUCUGAGCCAGAAAAACAACUUGUGAACGACUUGUUGGCAACAAAUACCAGGAAUCUGCCUAUGAAAGGAGUGACUCCGCCGCCUACACAGUUGCCAUCGAAGAAAUCGCUCGGUUUCGGAAAGCAAUCCAAGCUUCUUACGCAGAAAGGAAUUUUGAAGAAGGUUCAAGCAUUGGUACGCCGAGCACGUCUUGAUGAUGAACAGAAAAGAGAGAAGGGGGAAUUUGCAAAUUCUGCUGAGAUGCCUGUUGAUACUAUGCCUAAAAUAAACAACGAAUAUGGAGAGCUGGUUAAACAUGCCAAGGAACUUGACAACGAGUACUUCGAGUCGAUGAAGCAUCGGGCAGAGAGAACUAGAUUGGCAGGAAUGGUACCAGUUGUGACCGCCGCAUGUCAGGAUUGCUGUUUCCCUACAGAGGAAGUUGGCGAAAGUGUCGGGUUCCGAUAUUUGUUAAACUCCAUCCAUAAGACUGCUAUGUUCCAAAAACAUGGAGUAAAAUAUGAAUGGGGUCCGUUGUGUUGGAUGCAUGAAGCGCCAAAACUAGAGGACAAUUACCGUAAUAUAGUUCCUGGUGAGCUCACGCAAAGGUCGUCUUGGCUUUUUCUUCUCCAUCGUGCAAGCACGAUGGUCUCGAAGACCCGUUUUUGUUGA